CCGAAGGCCUCCUUCUGCUCCUUCUUCUAGCUUCCUUCUCUUUUGCUGUGCUGUGAGUAUCUUUCCCUCCAACUUUCUCCCUGUGUCUCUGGGCGACAAUGUCAUCCACCUCGCUCUGUUCAUUACACUCCUCUACUGUCUCUCCUUCCCUCUCCUUGUCUCGAUUCUCUCCUACUUCUUCUGCUUUAUCUUACUCUGAUCCAUGUCUCUCUCUCCCCCGGCUUUCCCUCCAGACUCAACCUCUCCGCUCGCCCAACCUCUUCCGCGUUACACAUUUGAGAAUAAACCCAAAAUCCAAGACGGGUCUGAAAUUGAAUUGUUCGAUGAACGAGCCAUUGAAGGUCAUGAUAUCAGGUGCGCCUGCAUCGGGCAAAGGAACUCAAUGUGAAUUGAUUGUCCAGAAGUUUGGAUUAGUGCACAUAUCAACUGGGGAUUUGUUGAGAGCCGAAGUCGCAGCUGGGUCAGAAAUUGGAAACAAAGCAAAGGAGUACAUGAAUGCUGGUCGCUUGGUUCCAGAUGAAAUCGUGAACGCUAUGGUGACAGCGCGAUUAUCUCGUGAAGAUGCAAAACAAAAAGGGUGGCUUCUUGAUGGAUACCCUCGGAGUUUCGCCCAAGCAGAGGCUCUGGAACAAAACCAGAUUAGGCCUGAUAUCUAUAUUGUAUUAGAUGUUCCUGAUGAAAUUCUGAUCGACAGAUGUGUUGGCAGAAGGCUAGAUCCAGUAACAGGGAAGAUUUAUCAUAUAAAAAGUUUUCCACCAGAGACUGAAGAAAUCAAAUCAAGGCUAAUCACCCGUCCUGAUGACACUGAACAAAAAGUUAAGUCCCGGCUAGAAAUAUAUAAGCGAAAUGCAGAAGCUGCUUCUUCCACUUACUCACCCAUAACAAACAAGAUUGAUGGAAAUCGCCCAAAAGAAGUAGUUUUUAAAGAAAUUGACUCUCUGCUAUCACAAGUGCAAAAUUACAAAGGGAAAAUUAUAAAACCAGAAAAGUCGACACCUGAUAUAAAGAAGGGGAAGGAAUCAUUAAGCCAGGAUAAGUGGAGAGGAAUUCCCACUAGACUAAAUAACAUUCCCCAUUCCAGAGAGAUCAGGACAUAUUUCUAUGAUGAUGUACUGCUAGCCACAGAGAGGGCUGUAAAAGAUGGAAAAACUCGGUUGAAGGUGGACAUCAACAUUCCCGAGCUGAACCCAGAAAUGGAUGUUUAUCGAAUUGGUACUUUGAUGGAACUUGUUCGAGCUCUUGCCCUUUCAUUUGCUGAUGAUGGGAAACGUGUUAAGGUUUGUGUGCAAGGGUCAAUGGGAGAAGGUGCUCUUGCUGGAAUGCCACUACAGCUGGCUGGAACCCGAAAGAUUUUAGAGUUUAUGGACUGGGGUGAUUAUGGGGCAAAAGGGACCUUUAUUAAGAUUGGUUCCAUAGGAGCUGCAGAGGUUGAUGAGCAGGAUGACAUGUAUAUCUUGGUAGCUCCUCAAAAUGCUGUGGGGAAUUGUAUUAUUGAUGAUCUAAGAGCGAUGACCGAUGCUGCUAAACACAGGCCUGUUAUCCUAAUCAAUGCUAGGCUUAAGGAUUUGCCAGGCUCGAGUGGUAUAAUGCAAACCAUGGGACGAGAGCAAAGACUUGAGUAUGCAGCAUCAUUUGAAAGUUGCUACUUCUUUCGGCUUCUCUAUUAUGCAGGAACUCAGUAUCCCAUAAUGGGAGCUCUCAGGAUGACUUAUCCAUUCCCUUACGAGCUUUACAAGAGGGUAGAUGAAUCACAUCGAAAGGAGAAGUAUGUCCUGCUGUCAACAUUUCCACAAAGGCCUACUACCGAUGAAAUUAAUGACGCAUUCCAAGGAAAACCAAGGGCUGGAGCUAGGAAAGCUUCUGGGAUUUGGGGCUUCUUGAGUGGCAUUCUUUGAGCACAAUGAAAGCAUAUGGACUGUUCCUAGUGGAAAGUAGAAGACACCGUAGCUCCUACGUUUCCAUUAAGUCCACCUGAUUUGUCAUGAAGAGUGAUGAUAUUUUGCUGAAUAGUUUUAGGGAAGUGUCAUAAUCAGAGCUUGUACCGAUUCAAUCUGCAGUUUGCAACUGAGAGAACACGAGAGUUGAAAAAAGGGAAGAAGGUUUCCUUCUUCAUAUUAUAAAUGCUCUUGUAGCAACUUGUAUAGAGGGAACUGCAUUUAUCAUUUCUACGCUUUGACCAAUUAGAGUUGGGAUUGCGUAAGAAGUGAGGUAUAAUUAAUUACUAUAACCCUUGUACUCAUUUAGAAUAUAUAUAUAUAUAUAUAUAUAUAUAUGUAUAUGAUAUAUGCAACUUUGUUGGGACCUUAUUCAAUGGCUGUAAUUGCGCCACCACAGUUAUCUGUCAUUGAGUUUCUUCAUUUUCAAGACUUGACUUCUUCUUA